UACGCGAAUUUCCCAUUUGACCAAAUUAGCUGUACAAAAAGCAAAGCAAGAACACGCUUGCUCCAAAAAUCAUAUCUUUAUUAUGCCAUUGAGAGCUUCACUGUUGAUCUGCAAAUCCAUUUUGCUCAGGGAGGAAGAAGAUGAAGUUUGGAAAAGAGUUUGUGCCCCAAAUGGUGCCAGAAUGGCAAGAGGCUUACAUGGACUACAACUCUCUCAAGCUUCUCUUGAAAGACAUCUUGUGUUUUAGGCAGUGCAACAAAGUAACAACACCAAUGGCAUCAACUCCUGAAGGGUCAUCGUUGAAGAGAAGGGUGUCUCUCUACAGAGCUUUUAGUGGGCUAACAAGCCGGCAUCGAGGCUCUCCGAAGAAGAAAGAGGACGAAGAGAUUCUUGUUAGUGAAGAAGGGGCAGAAGGGCAGUGGCAGACAAUGUUUUUGAUGUCCUCUGAUGAAGGAGGAGACAUUGAGGUUGUGUUUUUUAAGAGGCUUGAUGAGGAGUUUAAUAAAGUCAUCAACUUUUACAAGAAGAAAGUUGGGGAAGUGGUGGAUGAGGCAGAGGAGUUGAGCAGACAGAUGGAUGCUUUAAUUGCUCUUAGGCUGAAGGUAGAGAAUCCACUGGUGGAACUGGGAGGAACUGAUGUGAUAGACAGAGGAAGCAAUGGGGUUUCCUCGCAAUCAACUGUUCAUCCGACUAGUGGCAGAAGGCCAGGAGGGCUUCAGAUGGAUGUGAUUCCAGAAGUUGAGAUGAGCAAUGAAGGAGAAAUGGAAGAUGAAGAGAGAGGAAGCAAAGAAUCAAAAACCAGUGACCAGAAUAUUAAGGGAUUUAAACCACCUUCACUAGAGAUCCUGGAUCAUGUAAAGAUCAAUGUGACACCUGAAACUCCGGUGUCAACAGUGAAAGGCAUCCUCAAGAGUUCAAAACCAGACUUAUCAUUCAGCAAGAAAGAGUUGAGGAAAGCAGAAGAGCAAAUGACAGAGGCUUUUAAUGAGUUCUACCAAAAGCUUCGGCUUAUAAAAAGUUACUGUUUCCUGAAUCAAUUGGCUUUUUCAAAGAUCAUGAAGAAAUAUGACAAGAUCUCUUCAAGGAAAGCAUCAAAGGCUUACUUGAAUAUGGUGGAUAAUUCUUAUCUCGGAAGCUGUGAUGAAGUAAGUUAUAUAGUUCAUGAACUUAUGGCCUACCAUGAAUCCAAAUUCCAAUCGAUUCCUUGCCAAAAACUUUGCCUUAUGAUCCAUCUUUUGCCUUCACAGGUUACUAGGAUCAUGGAAAGGGUGGAGGCUACGUUCAUAAAGCACUUUACAAAUGGAAAUCGCAGAGAAGGAAUGAAGACAUUAAGACCAAGAGCCAGAAGGGAAAAGCAUAGAAGUACAUUUUUUUUGGGGUUGUUCUCUGGGGUCUCAAUUGCACUUGUAGUAGCCAUUAUUGUGCUUAUACAUGCAAGAAAUAUCCUUAGGAGUGAAGGGCGUGGUCAGUACAUGGAAAACAUAUUUCCUCUAUACAGCUUGUUUGGAUUCAUUGUCCUACAUAUGCUCAUGUUCUCAGCAAACAUAUACUAUUGGAGGCGAUACCGAGUAAAUUAUCCAUUUAUUUUUGGCUUCCAGCGAGGGGCAGAGCUGGGUUACAGGCAGUUUUUCCUUCUCAGUUCAGGUCUUGCAAUUCUCGCCUUGGCUGGUGUCCUCUCAAAUUUGGAUAUGGAGAUGGACCCAAGUACAAAAAGCUUCCGAGCUUUGACUGAAUUAGUCCCUUUGGGCCUAGUCACUGUUGUGCUUCUUAUAAUGUUUUGUCCUUUCAACAUAAUAUAUCGUUCCAGUCGAUUUUUCCUCCUCCAAUGUAUAUUCCAUUGCCUUUGUGCUCCACUUUAUAAGGUUUCCCUCCCAGAUUUUUUCUUGGCAGAUCAGCUUACUAGCCAGGUUCAAGCCUUCAGGAGUUUGGAAUUCUAUGUUUGCUAUUAUGGUUGGGGGGACUUCAAAAAAAGAUCACACAACUGCCUUGACAGCCGUGUAUAUAGAUCUUUCUACUUCAUUGUAGCAAUUAUUCCUUAUUGGAUCCGUUCCCUUCAGUGCCUUCGACGCUUGAUAGAGGAGAAAGAUGGAAUGCAAGGGUUAAAUGGGCUGAAAUACUUUUCAACAAUUCUUGCAGUAGCCAUGAGAACAAGUUUUGAUCUGAAAAAGGGGAUGAAGUGGAAAAUCCUUGCUAUAACUAGUUCAGUUGUGGCAACAAUUGUUAGUACAUAUUGGGAUAUAGUCAUAGAUUGGGGUCUUUUGCGCCGGAAUUCUAGAAACCCUUGGCUUAGAGAUAAACUCCUCAUAUCAAACAAAAGUGUUUAUUUUAUAGCCAUGGUGUUGAAUGUUAUACUGAGACUCGCUUGGAUGCAGUCAGUAUUAGGAAUUAAAGAAGUGCCUUUUGUCCACAGAACAGCCUUAGUUGCAAUAGUUGCCUGUUUAGAAAUUAUUCGUCGUGGCAUUUGGAAUUUCUUUCGGUUGGAGAAUGAGCACUUGAACAAUGUGGGAAAGUAUCGGGCAUUCAAGUCUGUACCCCUACCUUUCAACUAUGACUGUGAUGAGAGCAAGAGCAGAUAAACCUGUAUUCCAUGGACAAAAGAUGGGAAAAGUGAAAGUUAUAGCUUCCUUUUUCUUUUUCUUUUUUUGCAAAGUAAAAAUUCGGCAAUAGGUAGAGGAAUGAGCAGGGUUACGAAUGUCAUGAGAAUCAGAGCAAACUUGUUGCUAUUCAUGACAUAUUAGCGUUCAUGUGCUAAUUGUUCUCUUGAUUUUUGUUUGAAAGAGAGAACAAAAGGAAAAAAUUGAAGAGUCAUACUCAAGAAUCUUGAUGCCAAAGUGUUGAAUACGACUAGAAGUAGAAUCUACAA